GUGCGACGUCACAAGAGGGCCGUCGCCCCCUCUCUCAUUCAACCUUUCUGUGACUGUCUCUGCAUUCAACAAACGGUGCAGUUUACAGUAUGACUGGCUUUAUUUGUUCUAUUUAUAUAUUUACCUGCAAAAUUUGACGCAUAUGGCGACAAAACGCAAAGUAGAGGUGAUUGUCCCCGCAGAGGAGAGUGACCAGCUCCUAAUUCGUCCACUGGGUGCUGGUCAGGAGGUUGGGAGGUCAUGCAUCAUCCUGGAGUUCAAAGGAAGGAAAAUUAUGCUGGACUGUGGUAUCCACCCUGGCUUGGAGGGAAUGGAUGCUCUCCCCUACAUAGACUUGAUUGACCCAGCCGAGAUAGACCUGCUGCUCAUCAGCCAUUUCCACUUGGAUCACUGUGGAGCUCUGCCUUGGUUCCUUCAGAAGACCAGCUUUAAAGGCAGGACCUUCAUGACCCAUGCCACGAAGGCCAUCUACCGCUGGCUACUGUCAGAUUACGUCAAAGUCAGCAACAUUUCUGCAGAUGACAUGCUGUACACGGAGACUGACCUGGAGGAGAGCAUGGAUAAGAUUGAGACCAUCAACUUCCACGAGGUCAAGGAGGUGGCUGGAAUCAAGUUCUGGUGCUACCACGCUGGGCAUGUGCUGGGAGCUGCCAUGUUUAUGAUCGAGAUAGCUGGAGUCAAGCUGCUGUACACAGGAGACUUCUCCCGACAGGAAGACAGGCAUCUGAUGGCAGCAGAGAUCCCCAGUGUCAAACCUGACAUCUUAAUCAUAGAGUCCACCUACGGCACCCACAUCCAUGAGAAGAGGGAGGAGCGUGAGGCUCGGUUCUGUAACACAGUCCAUGACAUUGUCAACAGAGAAGGCCGCUGUUUAAUCCCUGUGUUCGCCUUGGGGAGGGCCCAGGAACUGCUGCUCAUCCUGGAUGAGUACUGGCAGAACCACCCGGAGCUCCAUGACAUCCCCAUCUACUAUGCAUCGUCCCUGGCCAAGAAGUGCAUGGCUGUGUACCAGACCUACGUCAACGCAAUGAACGACAAGAUCCGCAAGGCUAUCAAUAUCAACAACCCUUUUGUCUUCAAGCAUAUCAGCAACCUCAAGAGCAUGGAUCACUUUGAUGACAUUGGUCCCAGUGUGGUGAUGGCGUCUCCAGGUAUGAUGCAGAGCGGGCUCUCCAGAGAGCUCUUUGAGAGCUGGUGCACUGAUAAGAGGAACGGAGUCAUCAUCGCUGGAUACUGUGUAGAGGGCACACUGGCUAAGCACAUCAUGUCUGAGCCGGAGGAGAUCACCACCAUGUCAGGGCAGAAGCUGCAGCUGAAAAUGUCAGUGGACUACAUCUCUUUUUCUGCCCACACUGACUACCAGCAGACCAGCGAGUUCAUCAGGGCCCUCAAACCACCCCAUGUGAUCCUGGUCCACGGGGAGCAGAAUGAGAUGGCCCGUCUGAAGGCUGCGCUGAUCAGGGAGUACGAAGAUAAUGACCAGGUACACAUUGAAGUCCACAACCCUCGCAACACCGAAGCUGUCACCCUCAACUUCAGGGGAGAGAAACUGGCCAAGGUGAUGGGCUCUCUGGCUGAUAAGAAGAGUGUCCAGGGCCAGAGGGUGUCAGGCAUACUGGUGAAAAAGAACUUCAACUACCACAUCCUCAAUCCCUCUGACCUUUCUACAUACACAGAGCUGGCCAUGAGCACAGUGAAACAGACCCAGGCCAUCCCCUUCACUGGACCCUACUCACUGCUCGUCUGCCAUCUGAGGAACCUCACCGGUGACGUGGAAGAGCUGGAUGGAACUGAGAAGAACACUUUGAAGAUUUUUAAAAAUAUCACACUGAUCUAUGAGGCCGGCAUGGUGCUGCUGGAGUGGCUAGCCAACCCUCUCAACGACAUGUAUGCUGAUGCUGUCACUACUGUAGUGCUGGAAGUCCAGUCCAACCCAAAGGCUCAGAAAGCCAUGGAGACCCAGAGUGCCACUAUGGACAUGGACGUCUUCCAAACCCGACUAGGAGUCAUGUUGCAGGACAUGUUUGGUGAGGAAUGUUUGGAUUUCAGUGACAGUAAAAACAUCUCUGUGACAAUAGAUGGGAAGACUGUCCACAUCUGCUUGGAAACGAGGUCGGUGUGCUACGAGGAUGAAUGCGCAGAGGACGACUCGCUAAGAGAGAUGGUGGAGUUGGCAGUGCAGCGCCUCUAUGACGCCCUCAACCCGGUCAUCUGAGAGCGGAGAUGGGACCGCAGAUGUGUUCUUAACAAGUUCAACUUAACCUGUAAACUGACAGGGUUUCUUAAGCUAAGUCAUCAUAAAUAUAUAAAACAAAAAUCUACAAGUUCUGUGCUAAAAGUUAACAAGUGGCUUGUAUUUGUGUGGUAAAAACUGGAUAGCGUGCUCCCAAGAAUCAAAAUAUCAUGUCUGACGUCAAUAAUACUACACUUCCGGGAUUGUUUUAGCUACAUAUCACAAAAAACAGCACAAUGCAAAUGAUUGAUCCAUGAUUGAUCUAUCUAUAGAUCCAGAUCAUUACGCAGUGGCCCUGUCUGGUGUGGUGUAAUUAAAACACCUCAAUAACCAAUCCCAGUCCCACUUUGUGAAUACAAUUUGGAAAGACCAGAUUGGCUUUUUACUAAUUAACUGAAGGUUAAGGAGAUUGUAUCACCUGUGAGCUAACAUUGAAGGAAAGAGAAAAGGGAGAUAAACUGUGUAGAUGUUUUUCGUAAAAUGUAUUGUUUAUUUAUUUAUUAUGCAAGCACUUUCAAUUAUUUAUAUAUAUAUAUAUAUAUAUAUAUAUAUAUGAAAGAGAGGGGAUGACACGCAGCAAAGUGCCGCAGAUCGGGUUCAAACCUGGGCUGCUGCAAAGGACUCAGCCAUCUAGAGGGGCUGGAUGCCACCCCCACUUUCAAUUGUAUUUAAUAAGUUUUACUGUAUUUCUGUAGAUGCACUGUAGGUUUUCUUUGACCAGAGUUUAUUACUAAUGUGCACUGAUACGACGGACUUGUUGACUUUUAACUGUGACGUGAACUGUGAAUUUCUAAAUGCACUAAAUUUGUGUUCAUUAUAUAAUGUUUAAAACAAACUUUUAA